UAUGUCAAAUUGCCGAGAUAGAUUUAAUAGUCUUUUUAAAUUUUGUCGCAAAUGUUCAGUAAUUGUUGGUGCCGAUAUUAUCGAUCCAAAUUUUCGUUACAACGCCGUAACUUGGUUUGUCAUAAUGGCUACAAAUACAUUUUUUGUUUUGACAGCUUACACUAUUUAUAUUGGACUUUACAUUGAUAAAGAUUGGGUUAUCUUACUUCAAGCUUUGUGUAUGGCAGGAAGUGCAGUACAGGGUUUUACUAAGUUAUACACUGUCACUACAUAUAAAUUAAUUUAUCGUGAAAUAUACAAAGAAAUUGAUGAAGUCUACAAAAUCUACGAACAAAAACAUAUUCAAUACAAAAAUGCUCUUAAUAACAGUACGAGUAUGAAUAUAAAAUUUGUCAAAUUCAUUGCAGCUCUUUACCUUUGCGCCACUAUUGCAUUGCUAUCAGUUCCACAUAUUUAUUUGAUAAUGUAUGGAAAAAAGAUUUUCGUUAUGCAAUUUUUGAUUCCUGGAAUUGACUCAAAAACUAAUGUUGGCCAUGUUCUAAUGACUAUAGCCCAUUCAAUUUGUAUCCUGAUGGGAGCCUUUGGUAAUUUUGCUGGUGAUGUGUUUUUCUUCUUGUUUGUGCUGCAGGUUCCAUUGUACAAGAAUAUUUUAAGAAUCAAAUUCGAGGACCUCAACGAUAUAUCAACUGAUACUGAAGAGGACAAUUCUAUGAAAACACUUCCUUUGCUGAGGGACAUUCUUAAGUGGCAUCAAAAGUACUCAGACUUCACACAAACUUUGAGUGACGUUUUCUUCGCUGUGUUAUUCAUUCAAGUUUUUUCGACAACAUUUAACAUUGGAUUGACAAUUUUUAUAACAUUUAGCGGAGCUUGGCCAGCUGGCUAUGCAUUUCUGAUCUACUCAUUCAUUAUUCUUUAUACUUAUUGUGGACUGGGAACACUGACGGAAUUUGCUAAUGAUGACGUAUGUGAUUAUGUUUACAAUACUUGUCUUUGGUAUAGAUUGUCAGUGUCGGAACGAAAAAUGUUGAUGAUAAUGCUGAUGAAGGCUCAGAAACCAACUUUGAUGACAGUGGGUGAUGUAAUGCCAUUGUCCGUUACUACGGCACUGUCUAUGACGAAGACAGUUUAUAGCUUUUUAAUGAUGUUGUUAAAUUGUUCUAAAGAAUAA